AUGGGGCCCAUCUUUAAGGGAGCAGCUGCUGUUUGCCUCUUGGCGCUCUCUGGGCUCGAGCCAGCGACGGCAGCGACACAACCUCCGGCAUUUACAGUCGAGGAAGCAGGCGAAGAUGCGUACCUCUCCGUCAACUUGGCCCGCGUCGGCCAGAUGUCUGUGCGGAUAAAUCAAUUGACGAAGGACGACACACUUAUUGACAGCGUAAAGGAAACAUUUGGAGUGAAGGAUGGUGGACGGACACUCACCACAUGUGCAGAGGCAAUCUCAGGCCUGAGGAAGAAGAAGGAAUUUGUCGUGCAGUUCACAACAGCUGAAGACAGGAACUAUCGCCGAUCGGUACAUAUGAAAUCGUAUCCUGAUAAUUGGCAGGAGUUCUGGACGAAACCCGAGGGUGCCAACCUCGCAAGCCUUCUCUGGUCUAACAGCACCAACAUUGGCUGUGCCGUUGGAAUAUGCACUGAAAGCGCAGACGGUACCCCAUCUUCGACAAAAACCGCAUAUCUUUUUUGUCAGAUGAGCCCUGAAGCGGAGCAGGACAAGGCUCCUUUCGACAAGGAGUAUUACGAAGCGCUCACUGCACGACAAACAUUACUGACGGCAAUGACUGAGGAAGACCUCAAAGUUCCUGUCCAGGGCGGUGCAGCUGCUGCCGUACCCUCCCUUCUUGUAGCAGGCUUAACUGCUAUAGUGGCAUUUGCCUCUGCAUAG